AUGACAAAACCCCGCCCUCUAGACGUCUCGUCGAAAUGUAUGCCUGUCUUCUACGGAGUUUAUCGGGGAUGUUUUUUUAUGUUUUUGUAAAACACAGUACGUUAAAUAAAUUCUGCAUGUGCGUUGAGCAUAUCACAGUCCUGUGCACUGAACGCCAAGCGAGUCGACCGCUUCCCGUGUGCUGUAUCGUAGCAAAACUGGCUCAGUUUUCCCCACAGCGAUGGUCAUUUGUGUGGAGGAGGUGUCCGCGUCCCUCGUGCGGGAAUAUCUGAGCAGAAAGGGACUCAAGAGGACGAUUGCCUGCAUGGAUGAAGAGCAUCCACGCACGCAGUCCAGCAUCAACAACAGAUCCCAUUUGAGACAAGUUUUGCACAUUGAGGAUUUGUACAGAGCAAAUAAGGUUCAGAGUUCACCUCUGAGGACUUUACUAGAGAUCAUUGUCAAGCAUCACAUUGAAGGUCACAAAUAUGGCACGAUGGCCUGUGAAGGUGAGGAAAGUGAUUCCCUGCAGUCGGCUUCAAUUAUCAGCUCAGUUAGUCUUUCUCCUGCGGGAACGCCGUCGCCAAUGAACGAAAUGAACUCAGAACACAGCACAGUGUCCUUUGUUUCUGGUGACCACAUCAAAUUAAGGCCACAGGACAAGGGAGCCUCCCCCAAUGCAAGGGUGUUAUUGUCACUUGAUGGAGAGAGAUUCAUGAAGCACAGUGAAACUGGGUCACGGUUAAAUGCCCUAGCAGAUGAAAACGGCCAGUCUAAGGUGGCGUCUAGGCAUGAUCACAAUCGCCUUACUAUGAGUGAACCUGAAAAAAAGCCUCCCAUCAAUGAAGUCGUUCAGAGGAGCCGACCCAAUCGGGUUAGACGCGGUAUGAUGGCUGGACCGAUAGCCAGCACACUGCAGGAGUCAACCAAACAAAGGCAGAGUCGAAAAGUGGUCACCCCUCAACUGCUGCUCAGGAAACAAGAUGAGCACAGGAAGUCUGGGGAUGGACUGUCAGGGAGCAGUUCAGAGCAAAAAGUCUUUGAAGAAUGCCUAAAUGAUGCGACAGAAAAAGUGAAGAGCUUGGAGAAGGAAGGACAAAGCAGAAAUGACAGAAAAAUAGUUAAGUCCAAGACGCAGCCAAAUGUGAGAGAUUUGUCUAUGUUGGUUUUAGAUGACAUUGAUGAUGAGCUGCCAGAAUUCUCCAAAAUGUCCAUCGAAAACACUGCAACUGCAGUGAGCAGCCACACAGUCCGCCCAAUGGACCAGCACACCGCCUCGGAAUUGAAGUCAGUUCUCCUCGGCUCAAGUCUCAAAUGUUUCACCGCUGAGUGGAGAAAUCAGGGUUUCACCUUCUCUGAAACGCAUGACCUGAGAUAUGGAAUGGUGCAGAAAAAGGGCGGUCCUUGUGGGGUUCUGGCUUCUAUCCAAGCUUUUUUUUUAAAGAAGCUUCUCUUUGAAAAUAUGGACAGUAGUAAUGCAAGACUUCAGCGUUUAAGGCCAACAAAUGCAACCAGAAGAAAAUGUCUGGUCCUCGCUGUGGCAGAAGUCCUGUGGAGGGCCAGCGAGGAAAAACAAGCUACGGUAGCAAUAAACUCGGGAAGAAUGCUUUUCACCCCGAGUGGACACUACAAAUCUGAAGGAGUGCUUGAAAAGAUAAGCUGUUUUACAGUGGACAGUAUUGAAGACCUGCAGUUGCUACUGGAGCAAAACAUUGAGCAGUUUGAGACAGGGGAGCUGGGAUGUCUACUCCUGACCAUAUCUGCCAUCUUGUCUCGAUCUAUUGAUAGAUUGAAAGAAGAUAUGGAUGUGGCCACCACAGCACUCAUUGGAGCUCAUGGCUACUGCACUCAGGAGCUUGUGAACCUGCUGCUUAUGGGACGAGCGGUUUCUAACGUCUUUGACGGUGAUGUGGAGCUGGACUCCGGCAACGGCAACUCUACGCUGCUCAAGGGAAUCAAAGCUCCCUGUAAUAUUGGCCUUCUGUCAUUGUUUGAACAUUAUAACAUCUUCAAGGUUGGAGACUAUCUCAAGAACCCCCUUCUUCCAAUUUGGGUUGUAUGCAGCGAAAGCCACUUCAGUGUGCUGUUUGGCCUGCAGGAGGCGCUGUUAACAAAUCAGGACAAGGGUGAAGAGUUUGACCUCUACUAUUACGAUGGCUUGGCCAAUCAACAGGAAGAGAUCCGCCUCACUGUCUGUUCUGUUGGGAAAUCAGCUUUGAGUUGUCAAGAUGCCGAUCUAAUUCCUCCUCUGGAGCUCUGCAUUCGAACAAGGUGGAAGGAUGCAUUUGUGAGUUGGAACGACACAGAGCCUAUUCUCUGAAUGAGUGGAUAAUUUCACGUGACUUUUCUAUAAUGAUCAGAUAUCAGCUCGGUCAUUUAUUUUUUUCCUCAGCGUGCUUUAUAAGUUUGACUCAUCGGUGCCUGUAGUUUUGCCCUUCACUCCACAUAUUGGCUAUGAGUCACCACAUUAACAUAAAACUCAUCUCAUAAAUCCUUGAAUGACGUGGCUGAUUUGAAGACCCGACAAAAACAAUUUAUUUCCCAAGUUCUAUUCACAUUAAAUGGAUACAAGUGCAUAUUCAUAAACAGAUAUGAAUACGCACAGUAUAUGUAUUUUUUAAAAUGACAUAAAUAACCUGUCACAAGGAAGAAUGUACACAUUUGUAUUGAUAAUGUAAAAAAAAUAUAUAUUAUAUAUACAUAUACGGUAUAUAUUAAAAUAUCGUUAAAUAUGUUACAGAGGCCUUUAUUACGCCCAGAUAGUUGUUUAUAUUUUUCUGUAAGAUAAGUUCAAUACAUGCCAUUUCUUAGGAAUAGUUGGGAAAAAUGUUUGAUUUAUUUUCACAUGUUGUCUUAAUGUGAAGUAAUUGUCACUUCGUCUUGAUGUAUGACUGACUGACCAUAUGUGCUGAAUCAAGGAGAGAGAACGAGAGAUGAAAAAAACCCACUUUAAUUAUUCUAGUAUGAUGAUGGUCUGUCUUUAUUUUCACUUCAAUCUUCUGGAGUGCAUAUUUUUGAUAAAAUGAUUUCAUCACAUAAUGUUGGUUACGCAUUUCCAUCCUUGCAGUGUCUCCAAAAAUAAUAAACUUAAAAAAAAACA